ACUAACUGGCUAGAGUGUGACGCUCAGUCGAUCGUGAAUUCGCGUUGGCGCGCAAGUCUGAUUGUGAGCUCCGACAGAGGAGAGUCCUCGACUUCGUCAGAAUGAAGUUAUUAAUUGUCCUAUGUCUUGGGACGCUCGUUUUUUCUGCACCAGCAUCCCAGGAAAGAAGGAAUAUCGACUUCCUGUGGCAAAAAAAUCAGGAUGACGAAACACCUGCCUCAGUGCGGCCAGUUGAAUCGAGCACCGUGGAACCGAAGGUUACGGCCACGAAAAUAACCGACCCUCGUACAUCUGUUCCAGUUCGGGAGGAAGAAGAGGAAGCAGAUGUUCAAGAAGAACUACGGGAGCCCAGCCCAACAGCAAGUCCCUUAAACUCUGAACAAGCAGAAACUGAUACUGAGUCGGAUGUUAGUGAUCAUAGUGAACAGAAUGAAGAAACUGGUGAUGAUGCUGAUAGUGAACGAAAUCAGGAAAGUGAAGAUCAGACAGAAGCAAACGAAGUGGCAACAACGGAACGUGCGAUAAUCGAUACCACGAUAAGAGUGUACGACGAGGAGGAGGAAAAUGGCAAAAGUGAUCGGGAAGAAGAAGAUCAAAAGGAACGUGAGCCACAAGAAGAACAAGUAGAUGAGCAGGAACAGCAGAAGUCAUCCGACCAGGAAGAUGUGGAACGUGUUGAAGAACAGCAAACUGAAAUGGAUGAUAGCUAUCAAUACGAUGAUGCUAGUUUGGAACAUCAGCUUCAGGAAGUUCGUACCGAGGACCAAAUAACCACAACGAAAGCUCCUGAGUCAAACACUGAAACAACAGUUUCAGAUGUGAUUACAGAUGCAGGUUUUGCUGUUUCGAUUAAAGGUGUAACCGUUGUUCUGGACAAUGAUACAUAUGAGAAUUUAAAUCCAGUAAAUCAAGGACUACCAAGUUGGCCUCACGGUCCCCCCGUUUUCCCUGGCCCACACUACAACCACGGCCCUCCCCAUCAUCGAGGACAACACGGAGAGGGGCAUCAUCACGGGGGGCCACCAGCACUCAACUUUUCCGGGCCUCCCUUUGGUGCUGAGUUCAAUGGACCUCCUCUUAAUGAGAAUCAGUUUGUUGGAUCCCCACCGCCAUGGGUGCAGCAUGGCCACCAUCACCGGUUCCAUCAAGACCGUCCCCAUAAUCACAGGUAUCACUUCAAAGGUCAUGGUGCUUCCACGGGUUAUCCUUUCCUGGACAACACGUUCCAUCGAACCGCUGCACCGUGGCAAUCGUGGCCCUCGACUACGUCUUCUUCGGAAGAAGUAACGCCCUCCAAAGUGAACGACCCCGCCGACCAGUGAUCCAAACGGCCGUGAACUACAUCGUUGAUGAUUGAUCUUGACAAGAUUAUUUAUGAUACAUACAUAUUACUAGGCUGUACCUCAAUGUAAAUGACUAAUCAAGAAUGGAAUAGCGUGUUUGUUGGAUGUUUGAAUGCUGGAUCAACUAAUCAAAUGGCGAUCGCCUUCAACUGCGGAAUGGUGUAAAACGCGACAAACUAGUUCAGUAGCGAAGCGGAAGGUUUAAUAAAAGUGACCAGUGUAAGAGAUGGAAUGUUAGAGUUGGGUGAAUCAUGUAUGUCAGCCCGCGUGGUGGAUUGAACAUGUGUACUGAAAUGAAAUAAAUUAAAACUAAAUCGUUUCAAGCA